AUGCCGCAAAACUGGUGCCUGAGGAAGGCGAACAGAGCAUUUAGACUAGAAAAGAGAUACGUCCGCGAAGUACCGCACUGUGCAUUUACUGACGUUGCACAGCUAGUUUUUGGUGCAUCUCCACCGCCUUCUACAUUUUUAUCAUCAAGCGGGUACCGCCACUUGCGGACGACAAGAACAUGGUUGUUGGAAGCCAAGGAUGAAGUGAAAAUGGAUGAAGAUAUCAAAAAUGAGGUAAAAGAAGAAACUCUCAAGUCCAAUACGGUUGCGGAUUGGGAACCAUCAAGGAGAGGACCCGCUCUUCCUUCAUCUCCAAAGCACAAAAGAAGGCAUGAGCUGGAGGAUACAUCAUCGUCCGGUUCAGAAGUUCGAUGA